CCAGACCAUUGUGCUGCCGGCGAGACCAACCAACCACAACAACAGGGCAACGCCAACGAGGAAGGCUACCGAAAAUCCCAGAGAUAUAAUAUUGAUGAUCCAGGAGCCAGCACGAGUACAGGCGGCACCCACAUUCGAGGCGACAAUCCGGGAGGACAACGCAACAUACCAGGAAACAGCGGCUGGCGGGACAUACUCGUGGCCCAACUGCUCCUGCUCUCAGAGGAGAACGAGGCCAACGGAGCCUACGAAGGAUUCGCCUACGUCAACGGUCACCACAAUACCGAUCGUGAUAGACAGCAAGCCAAAUCCCAGAAUUCUGCUGAUCAGAGUGCCCACAAGCAACAGAAGCAGCAACAGCAACAACAGCACUCGCUGCGGGACAGAGCACAGAGCGCCUCGAACUCGCAUCAUCAGAAUACCCUUUUUACCAGGGUCGGUACCAACGCGUCCGCCAUCCAACCAGGCCGCGCCUGCAACGAGUUCUUUAGUAAAUCCGAUAGGUUCGGCGAGGAGGUGCCGUAUCUCAACGUACCCCACGACUGGGACACCAACAUCCCGAUCGCAACCAGAAACGGUGGCAGGUUUACCGACUACGGCAAUGGUGAACCAAACGGUCCCGGUUUUAUCGAGCGCGCCUCAGACACAGACCCUGGCAGCCAUGGCUGGUAUCCAGCUGGCAGGUGCGGACGAGCCGCCAUCCCGCCGGGAUGUGAGUGGAGCAAUGCCUACUGCCACAGUUGAAGAGAUAGACGUUCCGGUGUUCAUUGAUGAAUACCUGCAAGACAUAGAAGCAACGUCAUCGACGUGCAGCAGCGAAAACGGAAAGGAGAUUUUUACUGAGACGGAUAUUCUUGACUUUGAUAUAAACAUGUUUGCCGAGGAGGAUCUGAUUGAGCUUGAGGGCAAGAAGACGGAUCCCUUCAGUCCGGCAAUGGACGGGAUGAACAACGACAACCUAGACGACGACUUUCUACAAUUGAAUGACCUGCUUAACGAGGAGGAGACUUUCGACAUGUCAUCGAUGUCCGGCGUAGGCAUCGACAUCAACCAGGAGCAGGAACUGGACUUCAUCAACAUAUUCCACAACUCACAGCCGACGGCCAUGCUCACCAGCUCAGAGGAUCCGUAUCUGGCCACUUACUCUCAGGCCACAUCCACAUCCAGCACCACCAAAUUCAUCACGGAGGAGCCCCUGAUCGCCGACAUGACCAGCUUCGACAUCAGCUAUACCAGCAGCCAGGAGCUCGGCUUCGGCCUUGUGGAGGACGUCAGCGGCAGUUUUGCCACCAGUUGCAGCGACGUCGCCGCGGCCAUCCCAGCCCCCAUCCACCACCCCAUCAUUACCAACCUCAAGCGUUCUGCUCCAGCCCCCGUGGUCGAGUCGCAGCCCACCAAGCGCAGCCGACUGAUGCUCCAGAUCAAACCCGAGCCAGCUCCAGCAUUUAGUCCGACCACACCGGAGAUUAUCAACCAGCUCCUGAAUGAUGAUCGGUUCGAGGCUCCCAUCACAAGUACCAAUACCAGCACCAUCAACACCUCCAUCAGCAGCAGCACACAUGCAGACAUCGUAGAGGAUCUACGCAGUGCCGAAGAGGAGACUACCACCGACUUCUCGGCUCCGAACACACCACACAGCAACUACUCAGCCAGCUCCAGCUAUGCGGCGUCCACCUGCCAGACCGGAUAUGGUGGCUUCCUCACUGCUCCAGCCUCGCCCGCCUAUUCAACAGCCAGUACCUCCGCGUUCAGCCCUUCGCCAGCCGGCGGAAUCAGCGGCAAGCGGAAGCGCGGUCGCCCUGCCAAGGAUCAUGCCGACGGUCCCGAUCCCGUGCUCAUGUCCAACAUGAAAAGCGAGGAGGAGAGGAAGGCCUACCAGGACAGACUCAAGAACAACGAGGCUAGCCGCGUAUCGCGCCGGAAGACGAAGGUGCGCGAGGAGGAGGAGAAGCGCGCCGAGGACGAGCUGUUGGCCGAGAAUCUGCGACUGCGUGCCCAGGCCGACAAAGUGGCCUUCCAGGAACGGAAGUUCAAGAAGUACCUGAUGGAGCGCCAGCGGAUGAACAGCACUUACGUCAAGCAGGAGCAGGACUGAGAUUCUCGUAGCCAUAGAAUAGAAAUUGCGGAGCAUAAACCUUAGUCAUAGUACCGUACCUAUCGUCGUCAUCCAAUUGUGUUUAGUUAGUUAAGUUGUCGUUGAAGAAGUCGAGAAGCAGAAAUCAAAUUUCCAUCAGGACAUCAGUUUCGCACGAAAUGAUGUAAAACAUAAAUCAUUUAAGCCACUUAUUAGGCAUAGUGAUGGCGCCCAUUGUGCGCGAGGCGUGUUUAACUUUAAUUUUACUUUUAUUAUGUCUGAGAAAACUAAAAAUUUUUUGUACCCACGUAUGUUUUUCGUUCUAAGCGUAAUCACAAAAAAAAAAAAAAAAAAAAAAACAA